AUGUGGAAGGACUCCAGCAAUGAUGAUGCCAGACCUGCAGGCUCCAGUGGCGGCUCCUCUCGCAGCGCUAGCCGCAGGAAGAGGACCAGCUUCUCCAAGGAGCACGUGGAGCUGCUGCGCACCACCUUCGAAACCGACCCGUACCCCGGCAUCAGCCUCAGGGAGAGCCUCUCCCAGACCACAGGCCUGCCAGAGUCACGCAUCCAGGUGUGGUUUCAGAACAGACGAGCUCGCACCCUGAAGUGCAAAGGGGCCAAGAAAGCGCUGUGGCAGACCGACCCCCCCGGUCAUGAUGCUCUCCCUCUGCCUCAUGUUGUCGCGAACAGGGGGCCGCAGGUUGGCCCCAUCCCUCUGCCACCUCAGGGCCCCCCACCAGCCUACACAACCCAGGUGAAGGAGGAGAUGGAGGAAGCCUGCUACUAUGGACAUUGUCCUCCAGCGUACUCUACCAUCGAGGAGCAUGGACAUUAUGGCUCCAUGCACGGGUUCCAGCAGGGCAGAUUGCUGAGCAGCAGCUCAAGCCCCCACAUGGGCAGGGGCUACUGGUCCCGGCCAGGCAGCCAAACCCCCCCUUCCACACCACUGUGGUGCCACUCUCCCCUGGAGAUGAGAAACUAUGCUUCGAGCUCCAGCCAGGCAGCAGCCUUCAUGCACCCAGGAUCAGCAGAGCAGCAGGCGUACAUUACCUCCUCCACCUCCCACUCCUCCAGCCCGGACACCCCUGACUCUGGAUACUGGGAUGUCAGUCUGGAGAACAGCCCACCACCGGAUGGCCAGUACUCAAAGCUGGAUGAUUCGUGGAGCGGGCUCGCUCUGGAAGGCUGUGGGGAGUCCAGGCCUCUGGGGCUGGGUCAGCUCGCACCCCUGCCUCAGCUGUCCCUGCAGGAGAUCCUGGGCGAGUUAGACGAGGACUGGCUGGGAGGAAACGAACUGGAGAACCGCGCCUCCGUGGAGAAAAUGGCUUUCUGCUGAUGACUCUGUUGAUAAUGGACACUCAGAAAUCAUAUGUAUUAUUUUGAUUCAAGUCAUUUGUGUAUUCUGCCAUUUGUAUAUAUCAAAAACUCAGCAGAAAUAUUGGACGCAUGUUUUCAAAACUCUACAACCCAACAUGCCUCUGUAUAUAUUCCACA